AUGUUAGUUCCUGCAGAGCCCAGCUGCUCCGUGCUAAUGGAACUGCCCUGGGUAGAGUCUAAAAUUUCUGUCUCUAUAAUCUCAGCAGCAACACGUGAGGAAUCGGUAACGUGCCAGGAACCGAACCAUCACACCUCAGCUAAGCAGCAGGGAAGCCAAAGACCCCAAGGUGGGGGAGACAAAGAUCCUCUGCCUUCUCAAUGGUUGCUCACUACAGUUAUCCUUGGGAUUCUCUGCCUGCUUUUGUCGAUAGCAACAGGAGUUUUGGUUUUCAAGGUCACUCAGUGUGACGGCCAGCAGAAAAAUCUCACCCAGCAGCCGAAGGUUUGCCAGAGCCAACCCACAAACCACCAAGGGACUCCGCAGGAGCUGCCAAGCAACAGAGACACUCAGUGGCGUGGCCAGCAGGAAAUCCUCACCCAGCAGGUGGAAAAUCUCACCCAACAGCUGCAGUUGUGUAAAAGCCAAACCACAAACCACCAAGGGGACAAAUGUCCAGUACGGUGGAUACAGUCCAGUGACAGCUCGUACCUCUUUGCUGCUGCAGACAGAACAUGGGACCAGUGUCAGUCCUACUGCUCAUCUCAAUCUGCCCGGCUGCUUAAAACUGAGAGCAAGGAAGAGAAGAAUUUCAUACAACAAGAAUCAUUUCUUUAUUUUGAUCUGCGUCAAGGCUUUACAUAUUAUUUCUCUUUCUGGAUUGGAUUAUCGUAUGAUUCCAGCUCCAGGAAGUGGGUCUGGGUGGACAGCACAGAUCUCUCCUCUGGCCUACUUGAAAUCUCAGUAGCCAGUAACCAGCAUUAUCCGCACAGAGCUUGUGUCUAUAUCCAAGGUGGGAAUUUCAAACCUGGAGACUGCGGAGAAACUCGAUUCUGCCUGUGCGAGAAGAUGAAGGAUUUGACAAGACCUUGA